AUGGGUUUCUUUGACUUCAUCGGCAAGGCUGUCGGGGCUGUCAAGAAUCUCGUGCAACAGAAUCCAAUUGUCAAGGAGAUCGCCAAUAUUACCGGCGUGGUCGCUCAUGCAGUUCCUGGGCUAGGACCUGCCAUAGAUGUGGCUGUGCCUGCGACGCAAGCUAUAUUCAGUGACAACUCUCCGUCUCCUUCUGCACCUUCAAAUCCGCUUGAUCAGCCAGCCAACAUAAUCAACCUUCGAAAGACCGAAUAA